AAAAAUUAUUUCGAAAACCAGUUAUAUUUAUUCUGUGCAGAACAGGAAAAAUGUUUGUAUUCCGCCGCCGCUUUAACUUGAAUAAGGUCGCGAAUUGUUUUCUUCAAGAGCAUUCGAUUACAAAUAAAGUUAUGGGAACUUCAACUUCAAGAUCCUUUUCCCCUAAAUGUGGAACGAGUAAAAAUGAAAAUGGAAAUCGUGGGACAAUAUCACGAACCGAUUCAACAAACCAUUAUGUGGAAUCUGUGGUUUGUAAGGCAAAUGAUCUAAAGGAAAAUGAGAUGAAAGUAUUUGAUAUAGGAGAGGAUGGUAAAGUGCUGCUGGUUAAACAAAAGGGGGAGUUCAGUGCGGUGGGCACCAAGUGUACACAUUACGGAGCCCCACUGGUUACUGGAGCCUUAGGAGAUGGCAGGGUCAGGUGUCCAUGGCACGGAGCUUGCUUUAACUUGAAAACUGGUGAUAUUGAAGACUUCCCUGGUUUUGAUUCUUUACCAUGUUACCAAGUUACUGUCACAGAAAAGGGAGAAGUUAAAGUACGCGCUAAAAUAUCGGAUUUAAAAUCCAACAAGAGGUCUAAGGAUAUGGGAUCAAGAGCCUCUUGCGAUGAGACAUCAGUAGUGAUCAUCGGCGGAGGACCAUCCGGCGCCACUUGCGCUGAAACACUACGCGGCGAAGGCUUCAAGGGGCGCAUCACUAUCGUAGCUAAAGAAAACUACCUUCCAUAUGACAGAAUUAAAAUAUCCAAAAUAACAACUCCAACAGACAUAGAAAAGCUACAAGUCAGGAACCAAGAAUAUUACACAGACGCAAAUAUAGAUGUCCAGAAAGGUGUAGAAGCGACGAAACUCGAACCACAAUCGAAAGUGGUCCAUCUAAGCAACGGCAAGAAAUUACCAUACAGUACUGUCUAUAUCGCCACAGGAUGCAAACCACGCGUCCCAGAUGUCCCAGGCAUCGAUUUGAAAAAUAUAUUCACAGUCAGGAACUACGAGGACUCAGUAAAUAUCCUCAAAGCUCUAGGUUCAGAUAAAGAUAAAAAUGUGGUGGUUCUCGGACUGAGUUUCAUAGGAUUGGAAGCGGCGGCCUCUUGCACACAAGCAGCAAAAUCGAUGACCGUCGUCGGCAAAGACACCGAGCCCCUCGGAUUAAUAUUCGGACCGGAAAUCGGCAAGAGUCUAAGAAAACUAUUUGAAGAUAAAAAUGUUAAAUUCCAUUUUGAAACAACAAUUACCAAAUGUAAUGGCGAAAAUGGUACGAUAACGUCCGUGGAACUUGCAAAUGGGGCCACUCUACCCGCAGACCUGUUGAUUUUAGGUGUGGGAAGCACAUUCUAUACCGACUUCCUCAAAGAUAGCGGUAUCGCUUUGCGGCCGAAUGGUGCGGUUAUUGUAUCAGAUAAAUUGGAGACGAAUAUCAAAAAUGUUUACGCAGGUGGUGAUAUAGCUUACGCGCCCGUGUUUGCUCACAACGACGAUCCAAUGGCUAUAGGACAUAUAGGUCUUUCCCAGUACCAUGGCAAAGUUGCCGGUCUUAACAUAUUGAAGAAGGAAACUCAACUCAAAACUGUACCAUAUUUCUGGACCAUGCUCUUUGGGAAAUCUAUAAGGUAUGCUGGGUGCGGUAAACCAAGUAGCACACAAAUAGAAGGAGAUAUUGAUGCGUUAAAAUUCGUUAUAUUUUUCUUUGAUAAGUCAGAUAAAGUCAUAGCUGUGGCGUCUUGUAUGCGAGAUCCAGUAGUCUCUCAAUUCGCGGAACUUCUAUAUCAAGGUAAAUCUUUAUACAAGAAGGAUUUAAAGGAUGAUCCUUUUGCGUGGACGAAGUAGAUGUAAAUUUCAGUAUUAUUUAUCUUAGCAUUAAUAAUUUAAUUGUAGAAUUUGAAGUACAAAAUAGUUCUGUUCUGUAAGCUUACUGUUUUCCAAAUGUUUUUAACUAAUUAACAAUUUUUGUAUACAAAAACUUGAUGUAAGCUUUUAUGCAUACUGUAUGAGUGGUCUAUUGCUUCUCAUAAGAAUGUGUUCACAGUGCUUUAUGAGUUAUUCCGCGGCAAGUCUAUAUAAAUAUAAAGAGCAGAACUGUUUUGUCUGAAAGUACUUAAAUGCAAAAAAACUUUACAUAAUUAAUCGCACAUAGUGCUUAUACAUUUAAUUUAUGUACAUUUUACUCAUAGCUCACAAUAUAUACUAUUUCCGCUUUUAAAAAGUAUUAUUAAAAUAUUAAUUUGAGAGUUUCUAUUAUGUAUUGUUGUAGGAAAUAUAUCUAUGUAUAUAAUAUAAGCUCAAUAAAAUAUUUAAAUAUGUUUCGUAAAUAUUUGAAAUAUUUAUAUUGUUCAUAAUUUGUGUGUA